CGUGCUCUUCGUAAAGUGUCCUCAUGGGUGACGUCCGAAGCAUCUACAAGAGACAAGGUUACAGAUACAGAUUUAUGAUGCAAGAAGGUGGCGCUCUAAAGGAGAGGAGGGAAAUGAUAACCCAGCGGAGGCCCUCAUUUGGAGCGGCGAAAAUGGAGCUAGCUGUGUGGCUAGUCUUGCUCUUCCUCGCAGUUGCGCGUGCAACGCAGAAUGACUGCGUGGUGGUGGCUCCCAACAGCGUGCAACUGGAGGAAUCCGUACUGGUUAUUAACCAAGGCGAUGCCAAGUACGUCACUCUGCAAGUGCAAGACUUUCCUGCUCGACUCAACACAUUUUACCGGGAAACAAUUCACUUGAGCAAAGAUGAGAUACGCAAAGUGAAGUUGCGCACUGGCACCCAACAGCUACAGAGAGAAGAAACAUAUGCAGCGAGGUACAUUGCUCUCUCCGUUCAAUGCGGUUCCCUCUACACGAAAGAGGCCAGACUGAUGGUCAGCGAGAAGUCGGGCUACCUGUUUUUGCAGACCGACAAGCCUAUCUACUCUCCUAAGCAAACAGUUCGAAUCCGCUUUGUAGCGGUGGGAGAACACCUCCGGCCUCUUGAUGGACCAUUCAGCCUUGAAAUCAAGAAUCCUCAAGACAUUGUUACAUACAAGACCGUCUUGGAGGGCAACGGCACGGGGAUGUUCAGUCAGUCCUACGACUUUCCACGCUCACCUUUACUGGGGGAAUGGACAGUCACUGCUUCCUACGGCCCCCACCCUGACCAAAUGACAGAGGUAAAAUUCAAGGUUGACGAGUACGUGUUGCCGACAUUUUCCGUCAACUUGAGUGUGCCUACUGUCAUCCUGACUGACCAAGACACUGUGAGUGGUAGCGUGACUGCCAGAUACGUCUAUGGAAAACCAGUCGAAGGAUCAGCAGUUUUCAGGUUUAAGGUGAAGAAUGAAGCGAACUCUGAGAGGGAAAUCGGCUCUGUGUCACACAAGGAGCUUGUUCAAGGAACGACGUCCUUUACCAUAAGGACAGCGGAUUUAAAGAUGCCUAGGAGCCAGCGCUGGGCACCCAUGGUAAGAGGUAAUCGGCUGGUCGUCGAGGUAAUCGUCAUGGACGGAGCCACCGGGAAGAGAGAAUCAGCCAUUAACGACAUGGCCGUAUUUGCCAACUCGCCCUACAUCAUCUCCUUCAAGUCGACACCCAGGGACUUUAGACCUGGCACCAGAACCAUCGUCGUGGCUCUAGUGGAACACCCCAACUCGACCCCGGCCUCUGGAGUGCGCACGCAAAUCACGGUGCUGAACGAACGCGAGCAGAGGGUUCCGGUUGAUGUAGACUUUUCCAUCACCGACGACGGAGGCAAGGCGAUAUUCUUCAUUCAAACGGAUGCAUAUCACAAGCGGCUCAAGUGCAAGGUGCGGACGGCGGACCCAAGGUAUUCGUACCACCAACAAGAAGAAAACAGCAUUAAUCUGGAGACUUAUGAUUCACGGACAAAUGCAACCCUUGCACUCAACAGGAUCGAUACAAGGAGGAGAUACCAGGUCGGAGAGCAGUUCGAAGGCCAUGUGACAGUGAUGCCAACAGAGAUGUACCCUCUCUACUUUGUGGUAUUAAGUAAAGGCCAUGUGGAACAUUAUGGCGUUAUCAUGCCUGGAAUGCCGCUCCACUUCACAUUGACGUACAACAUGUCUCCGACAUCAAGGGUACUGGUCUAUGCCUUCUACAAAGGUCACUUGCUGGCAGAUGCCCUUGCAUUUGAAGUUCAAGGAACCUGCACAGGCAGCUCGCAGAUUGAAAUAGAGACAACUUUCAAGACGCAUGAACCUGGAGAGGCAGGUACACUCAGAGUGAAAGGUACAGAGGGAACACUCGUGGGCAUUCUUGCCGUGGACCAAGCCGUUUACAUCCUCAGAAAAAAGGACCUUCUCACCAGAAACAGACUUUUUGCAGCGCUUAGAUCCCAUGACCUCGGUUGCGGUCCUGGUGGUGGGUUGACCUCGGAGACUGUGAUCGCCAACGCGGGUGUAGUGAUCAUCUCUCAUCAUUUAGCUGAGAACACUAUUCAUCCUGAUAAUAGUUGCGAAGCACGAGUGCGGAAGCGUAGAAGCAUUAUGUUGCGCUCACGUGCUUCACACACGGACAUAUAUCUGCAGAAAUGUUGCAGCUUGGGCCAACGCGAGGACAAGUUCAGAAGAGACUGUCGGACGCGAGCUGAAAUUGUACGUCGCUUUCUCAACAGGGAGCCCCGGGCGAACGAAUGUGCAGAUGCCUUUCGCGAUUGCUGCCGGGACUCGCAUGUUUUGGCAGCAAUGCCAGGUUAUGCUGGUCCUCCUGAUCGAGCCCGGGUGAACCCAAAGGGACCUGAUGAUGGUGCUCUCCUAGAGGAAGAGUUCGAUGACGAAAACAUAUAUCUGCGGCACAACUUUCAGGAGACCUGGCUUUUCGAGGAAAAAAUUGUUCCAUUUGAUGGCGUUGCAGAAUUUGAGUCAUCGCUUCCUCAUAGCAUCACGACUUGGUCGGUGCAGGCUGUGUCUGUGUCUCCUGAAGGCGGCCUGUGUGUCGCCGAGCCCAGAGACGUACGGUCUUUCAGGAGCGUCUUCCUCCAAGUCAGCGUGCCUUACAAGGUCGUCAGAAACGAACAGAUCGAGGUUCUCGUAACCGUCUACAACUACGGCCAGUCGUCGCUCAGGGGCAGAGUGUACAUGUACGGCGUGGACGGACUAUGCACCGGCGCUGCCGCGGGUGAAAGAACGGAACGGCAACCAGUGAACGUGGCGGCUAAUUCGGCUUCCAGUGUCACUUUUCCCGUCGUUCCUUUGCGCGAAGGAGAAUUCAAGUUGCGGGUCAUCAUCACCUCCACUGGAGGAAGGGAUAAGGUAGAGAAGACACUCUACGUUGUGCCCGAAGGAAUUACGGUGGAGAAGAGUAUAUCGGUCGCCAUCGAUCCCACUAACGAACGACGCAGGAAAACCAGAAGUAUACGAGGAGAUAGCUUCCAAGACUCUCUGGACCCUGCAGCCAAGGUGCAAGUAAUCGCCGUCAACACUCGCCUUCCACCGGACGCCGUGCCAGAUACCAAGCAAUGUUCCGUAUCUGUGAUCGGCGAUAAACUCGGCCCAUCUGUGCAUACGACACUCGACAACCUGGAGACGCUGAUCACCAUGCCACGGGGAUGUGGUGAACAGAACAUGAUGCUCAUGGCUCCCACAUUGUAUACGCUCGACUACCUUAAGCAGAAAGGAGACAGCAACGAGACCAUUGAAGAGACUGCGUACCAGUAUCUGCGCAUUGGUUAUGAGCAACAGUUGACGUAUCGCCAAGAAGACGGUUCCUUCUCUGCGUUCAGGCACAGGGCGAGCAGUGUUUGGCUGACGGCGUUCGUCAUGCGAGUGUUCUGCAGAGCGAGGACGUAUGUAACCGUCGACCCGGUCGUCAUAAAAAGUGGUAUGCAAUGGUUGGCGUCUAAACAACUGGCGGACGGUAGCUUCGAGGAACUCAAGCCUAUCAUGCACAAGAGCAUGCUGGGAGGAGUUCGUGGGAAAAUCCCGAUGACGGCCUUUGUGCUGCUCGCACUCUACGAAUGCUUCGCAUCCGCACCAGACGAUGUGCUGAGCGUUACCACGACGCGGGCGGAAAACUUCUUGAAUCAGCGACUUUACGACGUGCACGAGCCGUACAUCGCUGCCCUGGUAGCUUACUCCCUAAGCCUGAGUGGUGGCCGCGGUGCCAAAGAUGCCAUGGACAUACUCAAGGAAAGGAUGUACUAUGACACAGACCUCAACACUCGCAGUACGGGUGAGGAAGCAACAGCCCUCGUUGUUGAGGGCAGCAGCUACGCUUUACUGGCCCAUCUCAAACACGGUGACAUCGAGUCCAGCAAUACCAUCGUCAAUUGGCUCAACAUGCAUCGCACGGCUUCUGGUUCCUUUCAAUCGACGCAAGACACGGUGGUCGCCCUGCAAGCCCUGUCAGAGUACGCCCUUAGUACACGCGAUUCCUACCUGGACCUCAUGUGUAACAUCACUCUGAGCGACAAGCGUGAUUUCAAGAAGAGCAUCCGUGUUCGGAGAGACAAUGCCGCCAUUCUUCAGCAGCUGGACCUUGUAGAUGUAACUGGAAAAAUGUACGUGAGUGCGAGCGGCAUCGGCAGCGGCCUUCUAUCUGUCAAGCUCAAGUACAACAUGAUGGUCGCUCCUGAAGUGCUCUGCAAGUUCAACAUUACUGCAAAAGCCGAUGUGCAUCAGCCCACGAAGCAACGCGAGGACCGGAACCUGGACUUCCCUCGUGACUUAUUGGAGGACUUGGGACUUGAUAGCUCCGAUUUUGACAGAAAGCGACGGUCGCCGUCUUGGGGAAGAGAAAUGCUCAGCCUGUCUCGACCACCUUACCGGAGGCCUCAAAGUCCGAUUUCGCUACCCCUAAAUCUUAAUCCAAGGAACCGUGUGGGAAGCCAAGACGUGGACGCCUCGGCAGAAGAAGAGCCCCCUCUUUCUCGCCGGGGACGAAGCAAAUUGACGUAUGACGUGAAGGUCUGCACCAGGUACCUUGGCGACGGAGAUUCCAACAUGGCAGUGGUCGACAUCGGUCUUUUUAGUGGAUUUGAGCCCAUAGUAGAAGACUUGGAAAAGCUGCGUGAAGACAAAAUAAUUGACAAGCAUGAUGUUCAAGACAAGCACAUUGUGCUCUACUUCGAAAAGAUAUCGUCUGAUCAACAGACGUGCGUCGAAUUCCGCAUCGAGCGGAACUACGUGGUGAACAACGUGCAAGCAGCAGCAGUGAAGGUCUAUGAUUACUACAAUCCAAUGCACUCUUGUUCGCAACUGUAUGCUCCAGCAUUGACCAGCCCCCUGCUGAAAGUCAUCUGUGAAGGUGCACAGUGCCAAUGUGCAGAAGACGGUUGCCCGUUAAAAGAACCCUUCGCAAGUCUGCGAAGAACCGGCAAUAGCGCUGCCAGAGAACUGUUGCGGAAAAUCGCCUGCAAAGAGCACGACUUCGUGUGGAAAGGACGAGUUCUGGAAAAUAGGCAGAUAAACGGUUUCAGAAGAAUCACCUUCAGGGUAUCUAAGGUCAUUAUGGAAGGUGAAGAGUGGACAGACCAAAUGCAAGGGUACGAUCGGGAAAUAGUUAGCAGGGACCACUGCAAGGAAGCGGACCUCCUUAGGGGUCAUGACUACUACAUAUUCGGACACGACAGAGAGCCUUUCGAAGACAGCCAUGGUGCCGUCAGCCGCCGCUACUACAUGGACAAGAGGACGAAGAUAUUCUGGGAUUCUGCUCGGAAUCCCGAUCACAGGAAGCUUGGAGGAAUUUUCCAAUGGCUUUCUUCGGCCUUCAUGAGACAGCGGGAGUGCGACGUAUAAUUCUGUAGGGUCGCGAUUAUUGAAAUAUAUUUUGAUAUGUAUUGAAAUGCUCAAGGAGAGGAUUUACAUAGUGCACUAUAUUUCCCAAACAGAGCAAUAACAGUACCUACAACUAAUUGAUCUCAAACGCGGCGCAAUAGACGAAACGUUAUUCCCGUUAAUCCAACGUAUACUUUCUGUCGACUUCCAAUAGUCGCAGCCCAUGUACGCGUAACAUGUUACGAAAGGCAUAUGUAAGUUACAGUUUCACGCAGAAGCAAUCGGUUAUGUGUAAGCCAUGAUGUAGUAAAGUUCCUCACCCCGAAGACAACUCAGCGAGAUACAUAUGAACAAUAAAGCAUCCUUAACGCCAA